CCUUCAAGUAUUGCUCCUGUGUACUGCUUAACUCUUCCCUUCCUCGCAUUUCUAUCCCGAGUCGAUUCUGAGUAUAUAUCUGUCUCUUACCCCCAAAGCUCACUUCCACAUCCAAAGGUAUUUCGAGAAGCAACACCAGAGCCACUUCCUGAAAGUCUCAUACGCGUCCUUGCCUCCAUCUAUCGACAGGUGUUGUUGUGCAUCCACCCUCCAGCGGCACCCUCAGCUUCACCGCAGCAGCGAACGAGAGACGAGAACGACGACCUGAUCGACACUGGUGCGGAUUUGCUACCUGCAUUCCCCACGUGCGCCCGCCACUCUUGCGCCCAUCACCACGGCCACCAUUUGGUUUGAGCUCUCGCGCCCGGACUUGAUCCCGAAGAGACUCAGGGAAAAAAAAGAGAGAGAGAAAGCGAACCGCUUUGGAUAGACCAAAAGAAGAGGGAAAUACUGCAAAAGAUACAAAAAGAUCAUCGCCGAGAACUUCAACUCUGUAAGUGAGGAAGCCUCGUUACAGCAUGCAUGUCAUUGCCCGGGGAAUAUUUUGAACAUCCCCUACUGUUUCUCGUCAUCAUACUUCCCCCUUGCACCGAAAGUUCCCCCGUUCUUGUACUACAAUGCUACCGCCUGCGCCGUCUACGGCAUGGUUAAUUGUGGAAUUGGACGCCCUUUGCACCCAAAGUCGACAGCAACAGAAGGGCAAAAAACGGAAUAUGCAUAGGCAAAGAAACGGCGAAUGAAGAAGGAGGAGGAACAGAACAUGGGCGGCCAGGAUGGGGAGAAAAACCAGAUUCUUGUCCCGCUAUUGCUGUCGCCCCCUAGCUGCAUUCGCUACCAUUUACAGUACUCUGUGCUGCGUACUGCUUGCUUCCUUGCAAGAAAAGAAGUCUCGCUAAUGCCGUUGCCACAUUGUUCAGGUUGCUCCGGAUCCCAUACCACGUAAGGUAUCCCAGAAAAGGCCCAGAAGCAGAAGCAAAAGGAGAAGGAGACGCAGCAGCAGGUACCUGAAGGCAAUCCAGUCGUACGUACGAAGUACCCCAACGACAGCGGAGGACAAAACGGAGAAAGAGACGUGCGCUCACUCGCUGCCCACGCUUCCACCUACCCCGCUGCCCUUUUUGCAACUCACACGCCCUCACGCCCACACAUCCCACGCCCACCGUCCCACGUCCCACGUCCCAUACGGCCACAGUCCACCGUCUACCGUCUACGACCAGCCAGCGGGCGACCUUCUCCUCCCAGCCCAAGAAUCCACGUCCCAGAACCAGGCCUAAGACCAGGACCGCCCCGCCGAACAGCCACCCCUCCAGCGCGCAACAAAUCCUUGAGCUCGCUCCCCCGCCGUCGCUGCAUCUCUUUCAAAUCCAGCCGACUCCCACUCUCUUGUUGCCUUUCCAUACACGCGCCAGACCAGACGGAAAGCUGCCCAUCGCACACCUCACAUACUGCAAAACCUCUCCUUCGAAUUCCCUCACCUCGUCCAAAUUCGAGCUGAUCAUCGAGCCUGUCUCUCGCUCAUCACAGCAGAACCGUCAGCAGAAGCAUAAUUUGACCCGUCGAUCUCCCGGCUGUCGUCUUUUUACUCCACCACCCCUCAUCACUCUUUAAUCCUCCCCGCCGCACGACGACCAAUUUCCAUCCUCCUCCCCGAUCGGUCUCCCUCUCUCUCUUCCUCCCCCCUCCAGCCGCUCAAUCCGAAAACCCAAUCCUCUUCGAUCAGGUAGAUCGACCAUCACACGAAAAUGGCCGAAUUCGUUAGAGCACAAAUUUUCGGUACUACCUUUGAGAUCACCUCGAGGUACUCGGACUUGCAACCCGUUGGUAUGGGAGCCUUCGGUCUCGUUUGCUCCGCUCGUGACCAACUUACCAACCAGAAUGUUGCCGUCAAGAAGAUUAUGAAGCCCUUCAGCACUCCCGUUCUCGCCAAGCGAACAUACCGUGAGCUGAAGCUGCUCAAGCACUUGAGACAUGAGAACGUCAUCUCUCUUAGCGAUAUCUUCAUUUCUCCUCUCGAGGAUAUCUACUUCGUCACAGAGCUUCUCGGCACCGACUUGCACAGACUGCUCACCUCCAGACCUCUCGAAAAGCAGUUCAUUCAGUAUUUCCUUUACCAGAUCAUGCGCGGCCUGAAAUACGUCCACUCUGCUGGUGUAGUCCACCGUGAUUUGAAGCCCAGCAACAUUCUCGUCAACGAGAACUGCGACUUGAAGAUUUGCGACUUCGGUCUCGCCCGUAUUCAAGACCCCCAGAUGACUGGCUACGUCUCGACGAGAUAUUACCGCGCUCCCGAGAUCAUGCUCACAUGGCAAAAGUACGACGUUGAGGUCGACAUCUGGAGUGCGGGAUGCAUUUUCGCCGAGAUGUUGGAGGGCAAGCCUCUGUUCCCCGGCAAGGACCACGUCAACCAGUUCUCCAUUAUCACCGAGCUCCUCGGUACUCCUCCCGACGAUGUCAUCAACGGCAUUGCCAGUGAAAACACCCUCCGAUUCGUCAAGUCCCUGCCCAAGCGCGAAAGGCAACCCUUGAAGAACAAGUUCAAGAACGCUGACCCCUCCGCAAUUGAUCUCUUGGAGAGAAUGCUGGUCUUUGAUCCCAAGAAGCGGAUAACGGCGACUGAGGCGCUCUCGCACGACUACCUUGCUCCCUACCACGACCCCUCUGACGAGCCUGUCGCCGAGGAGAAGUUCGAUUGGAGUUUCAACGAUGCUGAUUUACCCGUAGACACGUGGAAGAUCAUGAUGUACUCCGAGAUACUCGACUACCACAACGUGGAUGCGUCUGCGCAACAGAUGGAAGAGCAGUUUAACGCACAAUAGAUGAGGGAGUUCAGGGGCGGAGCGAGGAUAAAUAGGAGAAGGGGGGCUAUGAUACCACGCAAAACCAGAACGGCACGUGUUUCCAGUACAUUCGCACGCAAUCAUGGUGUUCGGAAGAGGGGAUCGGUUAUUGUAACGUUGACAAUGCAAAGGGCCAACAGUAUACGCGAUAUAAAGGAAUGGCAUGCAUCUUGGAGGUGUUUUUCUCUUUUUCAUCAUCUUGUUCCAACAAAUGUUUCCUUUUCCUGGGUCUCCAGGUUCUGUUAGAAUAAAGUCCGCGGCAUAGGGCAUAGCGACAAGCUGACAAUGGGCUUCGAGGCCCCGAUUACGAGGACUUGCUUUACCAAUCAGGAUGACGGCCGCUCUCCGGGACGCUUGAAUAUGGGAUGCCCUUUGCAAACUGGAGGUAUGGAUGAAUUUCGGGCGUAAUAGCAGAAAAUGCCUCGGCAGAUCGCAACUGAAGAGAAC